CAGCAGCGGGAGGAAAAACAGCUGGAAUCCAGUUUGGAAACGCUUAUCACUCAGGUGUCUGAUCUGAAGAACACCCUGGGUAGAUUCAUCGCUAAACUGGAAAACGAGUAUGAGCGACUGACCUGUGACCCUACCACGGCCAUCUCUCCUUCUCCCCCAUAUUGGGAGACCUCCCGUGAUGCCCGGCUCACAGAUCUCUCUUCUUAGGCCCUCUGUGCUGGACAAUUUUGCACUGCUCUCAGGCCAGCUCAACACCCUCAAUAAAGUCCUUAAAAAUGAGAAGACCCCACUGCUGAAGAACCAGGUGAUCAUCCCCCUGGUCCUGUCACCGGACCGAGAUGAAGAGAUUAUGCGUCUCACCGAGGGCAGGGUCCCGGUAUUCAGCCAUGAAGUGGUACCUGAUCACCUGAGGACCAAACCCGACCCCGACGUGGAGGAUCAGGAAAAGCAGCUGAGUGCAGAAGCAUCUCGCAUUACCCCGGAAGUGGCCCAGAAACAAGUCCAGACUAUGAAUAAACUGUGCAACAACCUGCUGGAUAAACUCAUCAAGGAGGAGAGGGAGUCUGAUGUUGCAAACCUACGGCAAAAUAAACCAACAUAUAAUCCAGCUGACACAAACGCUCUGGUGGUAGCUGUAGCAUUUGGAAAAGGCUUGUCGAAUCGUCGUCCACCGGGACCUGGGGGCCCCAUGGGCCCAGGACAGCCUGCUCCAGGUGGGAUGUUACCAGGGGCUGCGGGCAUGCAGCAAGUUUCCAUGAACAUGCAAUCCAACCAGCAGCAGCACAUGCCUGGGGGGGUUUCAAUGGCACAGGCUGGCCAGCCAGGUAAGAUGCCCAGCAGUAUCAAAACCAACAUCAAAUCCGCCUCCAUGCUCCCAUAUCAGCGAUGAACGACUGCUGCUUCCAGGAUCCGGCUAUUCCAUCUCCAUCCACCACCAGUGCAGUAGAUGCCACCAGUGACACUUCAAAGACUUUUACAAAAGGUUUAGAUGCCAAUAAACGACUGAAAACCA